GCAGACGCGCUGGCCAUGCUCCUGGACGCGGGGCCGCAGUUCCCGGCCAUCGGGGUGGGCAGCUUCGCGCGCCACCAUCACCACUCGGCCGCGGCGGCGGCGGCGGCGGCCGCGGAGAUGCAGGACCGCGAACUGAGCCUGGCGGCGGCGCAGAACGGCUUCGUGGACUCGGCGGCCGCGCACAUGGGCGCCUUCAAGCUCAACCCGGGCGCGCACGAGUUGUCCCCCGGCCAGAGCUCGGCGUUCACGUCGCAGGGCCCCGGCGCCUACCCCGGCUCCGCCGCGGCCGCCGCGGCCGCCGCCGCACUCGGGCCCCAUGCCGCGCAUGUCGGCUCCUACUCUGGGCCGCCCUUCAACUCCACCCGGGACUUCCUGUUCCGCAGCCGCGGCUUCGGCGACUCGGCGCCGGGCGGCGGGCAGCAUGGGCUGUUCGGGCCGGGAGCCGGCGGCCUGCACCACGCGCACUCGGACGCGCAGGGCCACCUCCUCUUUCCCGGCCUCCCGGAGCAGCACGGGCCGCACGGCUCGCAGAAUGUGCUCAAUGGGCAGAUGCGCCUCGGGCUGCCCGGCGAGGUGUUCGGGCGCUCGGAUCAGUACCGCCAGGUGGCCAGCCCGCGGACCGACCCCUACUCGGCGGCGCAGCUCCACAACCAAUACGGCCCCAUGAAUAUGAACAUGGGUAUGAACAUGGCAGCGGCCGCCGCCCACCACCACCACCACCACCACCACCCUGGUGCCUUUUUCCGCUACAUGCGGCAGCAGUGCAUCAAGCAGGAGCUCAUCUGCAAGUGGAUCGACCCGGAGCAGCUGAGCAACCCCAAGAAGAGCUGCAACAAAACUUUCAGCACCAUGCACGAGCUGGUGACCCACGUCUCCGUGGAGCACGUCGGCGGCCCGGAGCAGAGCAACCACGUCUGCUUCUGGGAAGAGUGUCCGCGCGAGGGCAAGCCCUUCAAGGCCAAAUACAAACUGGUCAACCACAUCCGCGUGCACACCGGCGAGAAGCCCUUCCCCUGCCCCUUCCCGGGCUGCGGCAAGGUCUUCGCGCGCUCCGAGAACCUCAAGAUCCACAAAAGGACCCACACAGGGGAGAAGCCUUUCCAGUGUGAGUUCGAGGGCUGCGACCGGCGCUUCGCCAACAGCAGCGACAGGAAGAAGCAUAUGCACGUCCACACCUCCGAUAAGCCCUAUCUGUGCAAGAUGUGCGACAAGUCCUACACGCACCCCAGCUCGCUGCGGAAACACAUGAAGGUCCAUGAGUCCUCCCCGCAGGGCUCCGAGUCCUCCCCUGCCGCCAGCUCCGGCUACGAGUCGUCCACGCCCCCGGGGCUGGUGUCCCCCAGCGCCGAGCCCCAGAGCAGCUCCAACCUCUCCCCGGCGGCGGCGGCGGCAGCGGCGGCGGCGGCGGCGGCGGCGGCGGUGUCCGCGGUGCAUCGGGGCGGAGGCUCGGGCGGCGGCGGCGGCGCGGGCGGAGGCUCCGGUGGAGGCGGCGGCGGCGGCGGCGGGGGCGGCGGCGGGGCGGGCGGGGGCGGCGGCGGCGGCGGCGGCUCUGGCGGGGGCAGCGGGACGGCCGGAGGCCACAACGGCCUCUCCUCCCACUUCAAUGAAUGGUACGUAUCUGAACGUCGGAGGGCUGCCGGGGGCCUGUUAGGUCCGGGGGCGCCCAUCCUGGUUGUGAGCAGGAAAGAAAUUCCAGAUCUGAACGUCGGAGAGCUGCCGGGGGCCUUUUAG